GCGCGCGGGGCGAGGCGGGGGUGCUGGGCGGGGCUCGGGCUCCGGCUCCAGCUGCUGCGGCCGCAGGUUCCAGAGCGGGUUCGAGUCGCGGCGGGCGCGCAGCGCACUGCAGCCCCAGCCCAGGGCCCCCCACCUCGGCCUCGGCCAAGUCCCACAGUCAAGGACAAAGAGGCUGUCCCGGAGGCUCCGCCGGAGCCACGGUUACCUGCGGUUGCAGGCACCACAGGCUCCAAGAUGGUUUGCGGGGGCUUCGCGUGUUCCAAGAACUGCCUGUGUGCGCUGAACCUGCUCUACACAUUGGUUAGUCUGUUGCUGAUCGGAAUCGCAGCGUGGGGCAUUGGUUUCGGGCUGAUUUCCAGCCUCCGGGUGGUCGGUGUGGUCAUUGCAGUGGGCAUCUUCCUGUUCCUGAUUGCGUUGGUGGGGCUGAUUGGAGCCGUAAAACACCAUCAGGUGUUGCUUUUUUUUUACAUGAUUAUUCUCUUACUUGUAUUUAUUGUUCAGUUUUCUGUAUCAUGUGCUUGCUUAGCCCUGAACCGGGAGCAACAGGGUCAGCUUCUGGAAGUGGGUUGGAACAAUACAGCAAGUGCUCGAAAUGACAUCCAGAGAAAUUUAAACUGCUGUGGGUUUCAAAAUUUUAACCCAAAUGACACCUGUCUGGCUAGCUGUUUCAAAAGCGGCCACCCAUGCUUAUCAUGUGCUCCAAUAAUAGGAAAAUAUGCUGGAGAGGUUUUGAGAUUUGUCGGUGGCAUUGGCCUCUUCUUCAGCUUUACGGAGAUCCUGGGUGUUUGGCUGACCUACAGAUACAGGAACCAGAAGGAUCCUCGUGCUAAUCCUAGUGCAUUCCUUUGAUGAGAAAACAAGGAACAUCUUUCAUAUUUGGAUCUUGUUCACUUUCUCUAACUUAAAGUUCAACUAAUUUGCCUGUUUAAGGAAGCAGUAUCUGAAAAGUUACAUUAUUAUUGACAGUGGAAUUAUAUAUUUUUACUCUUAUGUUUCUCUAAAUGUUUUUCUUUUCCCAUUGCUGAAAAAAUUAGAAACUUGUGGUCCCCUCCAACCCUCGGUGGUACCUGUAAUCUACUGUAUUCACAGUGUCUGGCACUGUCCACUGUGGCCUUUCUUAGCAUUUUUACCUGCAGAAAAACUUUGUAUGGCACUAUUGUGUUGAUCAUAUUGUAAAUCUAAAUAUACAUCUCACUGGAAUAAUUAAUUGUAUGUAGCACUGUGCUGUGUAGAUAGUUCCUACUGGAAAAAAGAGUUGAAGCUUAUUAAAGCCAGAAAGUAUGAGAUUCUAUUACGUUAAAUUCAGUAAGGGAAAUCCAAAAUCCUGCAUUUUUUUUUUGUCUUUUUAGGAAAGGUGUAUUGUGGUGAAAAUUGUUAACAUAAAAGUGAUAAUUUAGUUCUAGUAGUCUUUUAUGAUUACACUAUUGUAGCCUAGAAAUAGCUAUGUCUUUAGGAAAGUGUGGUCUAGUUUUUGAUUUUUAUAGAUAAGUACGGAGGAGAUACGAGCUUAUGAAUGUUCUGAUGUGUAACAUUUGCCUUCAGCUUUUGAAAUGGAAUGGGUCUGAGAAAUUCAGAAAGUAUAGCUAUAUAAUCUUCAUAUUCUUUUAUAAUUUGAAGUCCAAAAGACUGCAUUUUUAAACAAGUUACUAUUAAUGCAUUGGCCCACGUAGCAAAAAGAUAUUUGAUUAUCUUACAAAUUGUUAAAUACCUUUUUCAUGAAUUUUCUCAGUAUUGUAACAGCAGCUUGUCAAAUCCAAGCAUAUUUGAAUGUGAGCUCCCAUAAUUUGAAAUUGAAAUAGUAUUGUGGUUCUGUAUAUUAUAUUAAAAAAUUAAAGAAUGGAAACCUUUCCUCGUGUAUGAAUGUUUCAAUUAAAAGAAAGUAAUGGAAGAAGUGCUAAA